UCGUCACCUCGAGCACGGCCACAAGGCCGGUCUUCGAAACGUAAGAGUGGUGCCGUGCGCAAACCGGUCAAGCGACGAAGAGAAACAUACGGAGACGACAGCGACAUCGAGCCGGACAGUGAUGAGAUAGAGGAGGACGAAGAGGAAGAAGCUUCCUUUGCCGAGUCCGACGCGGACGAAGAGUUUGCCACGAGUGCGAAGACUGGCAGGAGGGUGCGUGCAGCCGCUCGGAAGCCCGUCAAGUACGAAGAAGAGCCAUCAGAUGUCGAGCUUGCGGAUGAGGACAGCGAUCGCGACUCUUUACAACCGUCUCCAGCAGCUCGAAGCAGGCAGGCAGCGGGCUUGAAGAAGCGGUCUCUCAUGGUGAAGCUGAAGUUACCCAGCAUGGCAGAAGGUGGCCGCGCUUUGCGGCCACGCACCGGCAGCAAAAGCCUAACGAAGCGUGAGCCCACACCACAGGAGUAUCGCGGGAUGGCAAUGCGUAGGAGCAGCCGGAUAUCGCACGAUGAUCAAGAGCCGCUGGUAGCGUUGACCGACUCGGGCAGGCACGAGACAAUCACCAGGCCAGGAACAGCAACACCAGAGCCUCCGUCUCGAAGACCAACACGAGGCAGUAAAGGUCUCAAAAAGCCGCCGAGUGCGAUCAUGGAGGCGUCUCAGGAAGACUCCCAGCAAUUGCAAUCUCAGACCCAAGGUGAAGACCUGCUGUCACAGCUCAACCAGGCAGCAACCCACACACGACUAGAAGUGGACCCCACGUCUCCGGAAGCUGCCGCGCAGGCGGAGAACGAUGAUGAUGACGACAUCCGCAUGGAGCGUGUGGACGAAGAUGAGGUUGUCGUACAAGAAUCUAUGGACGAUGAUGAUGAAGACGAUGGCCCGAUUGCAGGCGCCGGCCGCUCACUGAGGCCGCGUCGGAAAGCGUCCACGCCACCAACUUCGCAACCUGCCCGCGGCUCUCAGAUUGCGGAUGAAGCAGCUGAUCUUGAGGAAGACCAUCGCCGCAACAAACGCACUCGCAAGGGGCCAGCCACACGCUCCGAAAUCGCGUUCGAGCCCAAUCUACGCAAUCGUAGCAACCGUCCUGAUUACCGUAUUCUACGCCCUGAGCUCUUACUACCCAUGGAAGAUGACGACGCUCCGGCUGCGCCUUCGGGUACACCGCAGCGUAACCGGCGUGGAGGAGGAGGCGGCGUCUAUCGCAGCUUGUUCUCCACUUACGGACCAUUUGGUGGCGCCGGAGGUCCUGCGCCUGUCUUUGGCGGACCGGACGGCGCAGCCGCGGCAGGUGGUGUAGAUUCCGAUAGUAGCGAUGACGAUGCAAGAGGCGGUCAGCAGGGCGUAGGAGGCGCUGUUGGCAUGACACCCACCUCCGCCUUCCCCAAACCGUACGUGCCGCAGACUCACAGCAACGACCCUAUCCAAGGACCCGGUGGCGGGCCGCCUGGACUCGGUAAAGUCAAGGACAAGCGAGCUCUGGCGGAUGCCGAUCCUUUGGGCGUCGACACGAACGUGACCUUCGACGGCGUUGGUGGUCUUGACAACCACAUCAAUCAGCUGAAGGAGAUGGUGGCGCUACCACUGUUGUAUCCGGAGGUCUUUCAACGCUUCCACGUUACGCCGCCACGUGGUGUGCUCUUUCACGGCCCACCAGGUACGGGUAAAACAUUGCUUGCUCGCGCUCUCGCAUCCAGCGUUAGUUCGCAUGGUAAGAAGGUGACAUUCUACAUGCGUAAAGGCGCGGAUGCUCUCAGUAAGUGGGUUGGUGAAGCCGAGAGACAGCUUCGAUUGCUUUUCGAAGAGGCGAGGAAGAAUCAGCCCAGUAUCAUCUUCUUCGAUGAGAUUGAUGGCCUAGCCCCCGUGCGCUCGAGCAAGCAGGAGCAGAUUCAUGCUUCCAUUGUGGCUACACUUUUGGCGCUUAUGGAUGGUAUGGAUGGUCGCGGGCAAGUUAUCGUCAUCGGUGCAACGAAUCGACCAGACUCUGUUGAUCCUGCCUUGCGUCGUCCUGGACGCUUUGACCGUGAGUUCUACUUCCCGCUGCCGGAUGAGAAGGCAAGACGCGCCAUCAUCGACAUUCAUACCAAAGGCUGGGAACCUCCACUGCAGCCGGCGUUCAAGGAUCAGCUUGCGGAGAUUACACGAGGCUACGGUGGUGCGGAUCUACGUGCAUUGUGCACAGAGGCGGCACUCAAUGCUGUACAGGGAACGUAUCCGCAGAUAUACGCAAGCGACAAGAAGCUCGUCAUCGAUGCCAGUACGAUCAAGGUGCUGGCGAAAGACUUCAUGAUCUCCGUUAAUAAGAUUGUGCCGUCUUCGGAGCGUUCGGCUUCUUCUGGCGCUGCUCCGCUGAAAAAGGAUGUUGAGCCACUCCUCAGACGGCCACUCCAGGAGCUCACGGAUCGCAUGAAUGAGGCCAUACCACGGAAGCGGAAGGCUACGGCGCUGGAAGAGGCUAUGUACGAUGAUAGGGAUGACGAGCUAGGAUUUGAGCGAGAGACAAUGCAGAGGCAGUUUGAGUCUUCGCGGAUCUUCCGUCCACGGCUACUGAUUCACGGUCUUCAGGGUAUGGGACAGCAGUACCUGGGUGCCGCAUUGCUCGGCAAGCUUGAGGGCAUACACGUUCAGAGCUUCGACAUGGCCACGCUGAUGAAGGAUUCGACAAGGUCACCCGAAGCAGCGGUCAUCCAACUUUUCGAAGAGGUCAAGCGCCACAAACCCAGUGUCAUCUACAUACCCGACAUCGACCUUUGGCAUCAGACCAUGAGUGACGCUACAAUCCGCACCUUCACCGGCCUACUACGCAGCUUGCCACCCACUGAGCCGGUCUUGCUCCUUGGCAUAGUGAACAAGGAUCUUACCAACAAAACCCAAGUCACCAGAUCCGACAGGAAGAUGAUGCAAGACCUCUUCGCAUAUUCCGGCAAGAAUCGCUACAUGCUCGUUCGGCCUACCGAUCCGGAACGGCGGGAGUUCUUCAACGCCGUCAUCGACCUCAUCAGCAAGCCGCCGUCGGAGUUCCCGGAGCAAGAAACUCGAAAGCGCCGCAAGCUUGCUGAGCUGCCUGUUGCGCAGGCGCAGGAAGAGCCAAAGCGUGGUCCGACGAAAGAUGAGCAGAAAGCGCAGAAGAAGAAGGAUCAACUCACACUUAACAUGCUCAAGAUCAGCAUCCAGCCUGUGAUGGAUCAAAUCAAGAGAGUGCACAAGAAGUUUCGGACUCCGAUCGUCGAUGAGGCCGCUAUCACCUAUCUAUACGAUGAGCAGAAUCCGGACCUAGUUACGACCGACCUGAGUGAGGAGCAGAGGCAGCAACAGCAACUAUUUCGGCCGUAUGAGCUUGACAAGGAUGAGAAGGGUGUGGCAGGCUUGCGCGAGGUCGCUAGCGGCAAGUUCUACUACAAUCUUGAGAUUGUCACGAUCGAGAAGCGGCUCUCAAAUGGGUACUAUAAGCGGCCGAAGGACUUCACGGCGGAUAUCAAGCGCUUAGCUAAAGAUGCCAAAACCUCGGGCGACCAGGACCGGACACUCAAGGCGAAUGAGAUGCUGGCCAAUGUUGAGGUUGACAUGGCCAUGCUGGAGACUCAGCAAGCGGCGCUUGUCGCCGAAUGCGAGGCCGUGUACGAACGUGAGCUUGAGCGGGAGAGGGAGCAGGUGCGGAAGAUGCGAGAGGCCGAGCGCGCUGGCUUGGAUGUACCAAGGAUUGUGCCCAACGUUCCGCCGCCGAACGCAUCGAAGACGACGACAGAGACAUCCGGGCCGGUUAUGCUUGGCCAGGAGGUGCCUGGUCGACCCGCGCUGUUUCCAAUAACGCCGAGUCGUAUGCCAGCCGGUGGGCCAAGUCCGAACUCGAACCCCUGGAGUACUACCAAUGGUAGCCAUCCGUCGCACCAGACGAACGGCUCCACGGUGCCUUCGCGACCGCAAGAGGACUCCGAGAUGUUGGACAGUCAGCACGAGGUGUUUGAGCAGCAGCAGCAACAGUCGCAGCGAGAUCCGCACAUCACGUCCAGCCAGCAGAACACGCAGGGUCAACGGUCGCAGAAGAGCGCGCAUACACAGAUCGCACAAGGCUCACAGCUAGAUCAAUAUCACAACAGCGCAUCAACUACAACCUCAGGACAGAAGACGAGUGACCGAAGUGGACGGAGUAGUGAUCCGUACUCGCAGUACUCGAACGGCGUCCACAACAACCAUCCGAACUUCAACACCUUCACACCUGCCGUCGGCGGCAGUCAGCUUCCCGACACACAGCCGCAAGAAGAAGCGCCGGCUUUCGAGCCAUCGCAGCCAUCGCAAUCAUCACAGAACAUGCCUCCACCCGCCGCCCCGUCGCAGAACCACCGCCAAGCGAGCAUCCAUUCGAUCCUUAACAAUGCCGAGGACGCUGCUCCCACGACAACCACGACGGCGAACAAGACCGCUGCGGCGAUGUCCCGCAUCAUCCUCGACCAAGCCGAUUUGGCACUCCUGCAUGGUUUCCUCGUGCGGUAUAGUUCCGGCAUGAGUGUGGAGCAACUGGAACAGGUGAAUGCGAGUUUGAUGGAUGUGGUUUGGAGGCUACGCGGAGAUUGGAACCGGAAUCAUGUGUUGCAUGCGGUUAAGGAGGCGUUUAAUGAGACGGUGAAGGAUAUUGAGAAUUGCCAGGAGAUUAAGCCGCCGAGUCAGGAGGAUGACGAUGCUUAG